AGUUAGCUGCUGAUGCAUCUUCUUCGCUUGCUAUUGAAGCGAGUCCAUCUUCCAGCAAAGAGACUGUUGCAACUUCAUCCUCUCUGAAAUCUUCCAUUUCAUCAUCUGCUAAGAGUUUGACAAGUCACAAUUCUGUCCAUUUCAACCCUGACGGGGCACCACUGACUCCACAUGAACUAACUGAACACUUUAAUAGGGAGCGACGAAUUUGUCCGGAAAAUAGUCGGUUUAAAAUGCCUUUGGCUCCAGUUAAGGAUCGCCGAAAGUUUGUUAACCCGGCGGCUGCUAAUAGAGUGGGUCGUUUUGGAAUUGAUGGGAAAGAGAUAGUCGGAAAUGAGAGCCCAAUGUCAACUCCAAAUGUUGGUGGCUUCCGUUUCAUCGAUUCCAAUCCCUCCGCUACUCCCUUCAGCAUUGGUGGUGAAGCCACGCCUCUCAUGACUUGGGGUGAAAUGGAAUCGACCCCAUAUCGGCUAGAUGAAGCCUCUGGUCAUACUCCUAUGGUUUCCUCUUUCCGCCUGCCAUCUCCUUCAAAACGUGAAGCACUUGCCCACGAAUUGGCCGAUAAGGUGGGUCGGCAACGAGCAAAGGGUCGUGCAGACGCAAUGAAAUUAGCGAAAUCUGCCGCCGGAAUAGGUCUACUGAGUCCCCAUGCUUCUGCAAUGGCUAAAAUCGCUCUUUCACCCGCGGCCAGACGUCUGCUAUCCCGUACAUCAAGUGGUGCUUCUCUUGCAUUCGGCGGACGGCCAAAUUCAAGUGUCCGGUCUAGUGGCCUGGGUUCGACUCCGAAAAGGCUACCCUCAGAUAUUGGGGUGAUUAGAAGACCGCCUACGGUGACAUCGAAAACGCCUCAGACACCGCGUCCUGAACCACGAGAUGUGGAUCCGGAUGUUAGUAAUCCUGCGGAUUUGACAAAUAAUCUGCUGGAUUUAUCGAGUUCAAAAAGUGCGGCAUCUCCCUAA